GUUCAUUACAUUUUAUCUUUAUCUUACUUAUGUUAGGCAUUUCAAACUGUUCAUUAGUUAUUGAAUCAUUAGAUCGGACUUGCGUAAUUUUGUAUUCUCUUCAUGUCCGUUCCACACGAGCACUACGCGAAGAUAGAUUACCUUUUCCGAAAUAAAAUAAUAGUGUGUUUUACUGGUAGUGUACGUGAUGUGGGCGGACACGCACGUGCAGCAGGAGCCUGAAGGCGAGGACGGGACGUGUGGGGAGCCCGCCGAGCAACGAGCGGACCAAGAGCAUGUGAAGGAGGAGCCAGAGUUCAGGGUUGAGGAGUCGUGUGUGAAGCCGGAGCUUUUGGGAGAGCUGUACGCAGACCACGAGGUCAAGGACGAGCUCGUGCUGGGGCCGGAGCGCCCGCACCGCCCCGACGGCGGCCUCGUGGUGCGCGAGCAAUUAUAUUUUCUGUCGCUCGAGCGGAGCACCACAACCCACUCCGAGUCCGCGAGCGCAUCAGCGAACGCGGAACAAACUGAUCCACCACGAACAACAAACACCCUUCAAGUCACUGCCUAUACCAAUAUUUACCUCUGCGACAUGUGUGGGUCUUUAUUUAAACGAAAACAGAAACUUAUUCACCAUAUUAAGGAGCACAUGCAACUUAAUAAAGUAACUAAACUAAAUGAACCGAAAUCUUACAACCGCGAGAAAGGAAAAAAUAAAUUUACACAUUCUACCAGUUUGAAAACACACAGACAUACAGAAGAGCCGUAUUUUUGCCAAAUAUGUGAAAAGAAGUUUACGAGAGCAGAUUAUUUGGCAAUGCACCAACGAAUCCACACCGGUGAUAAACCCUAUUCCUGCGAAGUGUGUGAAAAGAAGUUUACGCAAAUGAGCAAUUUAAAAACCCAUAUAUUAACCCACACUAAAGAAACACCUUAUAUCUGUGAAGUAUGUAAAAAGAACUUUACGACACCAUCUGGAUUAAAAAUACACAAACGAAUCCACACUGAUGAUAAACCUUAUUCCUGCAAAAUAUGUAAAAAGAAGUUCAGGCAAUUAGGUAAUUUAAAAACCCACAUACGAACCCACACUCGAGAAAAACCUUAUAUCUGUGAAGUAUGCAAAAAGAAGUUUACGCAAGCAGCUGGAUUAAUAAUACAUAAACGAAUCCACACUGGUGAUAAGCCUUAUUGCUGCAAAAUAUGUCAAAAGAAGUGUAGGCAAGCGGUCGAUUUACAACGCCACAUACUCACCCACACUGGAGAAAAGCCUUUCUCCUGCGAAAAAUGUAAAAAGAAGUUUACACGAUCAAACAAUUUAAAAAUCCACAUGCGAGUCCACACCAGAGAAUAACCUUAUUCUUGUGAAGUAUAUGAAAAGAAGUUUACGCAAUCAGGUGUGUUAAGAAGAUACAACGAACCCACACUAGUAAAAAGCGCCAGUGUUGCGAAAUAUGAAAAUAAGUUUACGGAAUCAUACUUUUAAUAUAAUUUUGCCUGCAUACUUAUAAUCAUAAUUUUGCCUGCAUUGUGUUAUUGUACCUAUCAAAAUAAAAUAAAAUAAAAUACAAUUUCAAAAGCCACAUAGGAACCCGCA